UCCCGCAUGCGGCUGGCCCCCACCAUCAUCUUAGCAAUGGAGGGGGGACUGCUGCUGCUGCUGGCGCCAGCCUGGGGGGAGUUGCAGUCCCAGCUGCCCCCCCAUCUGCUGCUGGUUUGUCCCCCGGCAGCUGCUGCGGACUCAUCACUCGGAGCCACCUGCUGGUGCUGCUGCAGAAGGCGCUGCUAGCGGGUCGUGUGGAGGGGCUGGAGGCCGACUGGACGGAGCUCAACCGCAAGAUGAUGGACCCCGUAACCGCAGCAAGGGCCGUCACCGAGCAGCAGAUGGCUGUCAUGUCACGCGAGCUGCGCGCAACCACAUCGGGGGAUUCAGGGUCGUACGACAUGAGUGGGCUCAGCGUGCUGGGGAUACUGAGAGCAGCGGCGGCAGCAGCCGCUGGCGGCGGCGGCACCGGUCGCCGUACCUCCGGCGGCGGAAGUGGUGGCGGCGGCAGUGGGGGCCGGGGGUGGUACGGCAGCGGCGGCAUCGCGGAGCCCAUGAUGACGCCGGCGGCGGCGGCGGCAGCGAGUGCGGCGGAAGAGGAGUCGCGAUUGUUCGACGCGGAGGGGUUAGCGUACGGCGGGUACGGUACGAUAGUGAUGCCGGGAGAUGGGGUGGCGGCGGCAGCGGAGGAUCGCGAGGAGGGGAUGACGGGUUGGAGGGCGGCACCAUUGAUCUCACGCCGUACAUUAACACAAGCGCCUUCAUGGUGCCCGACUCCUUCAGCGUGGAGCGCACCUACGUGCUGUUCCGAACCAUGGGUCUGCGCCACCUGGUGGUGGUGGACGAGCAGCACCGGGUGCAGGGCAUCGUCACGCGGAAGGACCUGCUGGGUUACAGGCUGGAUGACGCCCUGGCUCGCGCCCUCAACGGCCCCCACGCCGCCCCCUCCGCGCCCUUUGGCGGCGGCCGCCCCUUCCCGCCCGCCGCCCUGGGUGUCACACGCACCCUCACACCGCCCGGCGCCACCACCACCACCACCGCAACAGCUAAUGGCCACGUCAGCAGCAGUGGCGGCGGUGUGCUGCUGUCGCGUCCGGGUGUGAGCGGCGGGCUGACCUGCCUGCACCCCGCCACUGCAGGCAUGCGCAGCCUGCUGGUGAGCGGGGACGUGGCGAGGCCCAUUGCAUCGGGGGUGCAGCGGUG